AUGGCUGAAAAAAGCUCAAGCAUUAAGAAGUCGACAAACGCCACAGCUUCAUCGUCAUCCAAGAAGGGAGUACCACAAAAGAAAGGCAAAACGAACACUGAUGAUGUUCCAGAGCAAGACAAGCAGACCUACCUCAAUCUCUCUGCAAUGGGUCGCAGUUGUCAGAUUUGUCGAGGAAACGACGAUAUGGAGAUGGUGCAGUGUGACCACUGUGAUAAGUGGUUUCAUUUUUCUCGUGUAGGAGUAUCGCAACAAGUAGAAAGCCAGGAUUGGAAGUGUCCAAAAUGCGUAAACGCGUGGACAUUAAGAUCACACGAGCAACUCGAGAAGGCACAAUCGAAAGCGAUGUCCGCUCAAUCGGAAAAAUUGAAGAUACCCCAAAAUCAACCAUUGGAAUAUGAACGGAAUUUACAACACGAAAAGGCACCAUCGAAAGCGAAAUCCGUAAAGUCGAAUAAAACGAAACAACUACAGCUUAAACUAUUAGAAGAGGAACGAAAAUUGCAGUUAGAGGAGGAGGCAAAUAAGCGGAAAUAUUUAGCAACAAAAUACGCUCUAUUGAAGGAAAUCGAAAAUGAGGAACCUCCAUUCAACAACGAAGAAGAACAUUCCUUUGAAAAGGUCCAGGAAUGGCUCGAAAAAACCGAUUUAGCUACCGCGAAUCAGGGCUUAGAAGAGCAUAUAGUAGCUAACCCACCGGAACGUGAAUCAGUUCGACCUGAUGCAUCAGUCCGUCAAGAAACCGUCGUUCCCAGUGUAAAAAAUUCACUGCUUAGUCCGGAAGAGUAUCCAACGGAUUGUCUUCUCACCCGUAGACAACUGGCCGCGAGACAAGCGGUAUCAAAAGAGCUGCCAACAUUCUCUGGUAACCCAGAAGAAUGGCCAAUCUUUCUGGCCACGUUCAAUAAUACCACCCAGCUCUGCGGAUUCUCAAACGACGAAAAUCUAUUUCGCCUACAAAGAUGCCUUAAGGACAAGGCAUAUGAUGCAGUUAAACGGUUCUUAUUGUUUCCAACGAAUGUUCCUCGCAUCAUAUCAACCCUAAAAAUAUUGUUUGGACAACCAGAGGCUAUAAUUCUCAGCCUUAUCAACAACAUAUCUAAUAUACCUGCACUGCGUGAGGAUAAACUUCAGACACUCGUGGACUUCGCUAUUUCUGUUCAAAAUCUCUACGCGACGAUUGAAGCUUGUGGAAUUCACGAAUACAGCUGUAACCUAUCUUUGCUUCACAACCUUGUUGAUAAAUUACCAACAUCAAUGAAAUUGUCCUGGGCAUUACAUAAACAAUCAUUACCAGUAGCCAAUCUUGAUGCAUUUGCUGCAUGGAUUUUUAAACUUGCAGAAGCCGCUAGCUCAGUCAACUUACCGAGUAUCCCACCAUCAGAUGUAAAAUCAAUUAGGAAACCCACUACCUUCGUGAACACGCACAGUAACGUCAGCUCGCCGGACCAAUAUGACAAACACAUAAAUCAUAAUACGAAUAAGCCAUCAUACGCUGGAUCAUCCCCAUCGUGCAUCGUGUGCAAAGCCAAUUGCACUACAAUCGAAAAAUGUAAACGAUUUUUAGAGUUGAGCUACGAUGCUCGUUGGGCAACUGUUGAAGAAUGCAAUCUCUGUAGAAAAUGCUUAAAACCACAUAAAGGCGGCUGCAGAAUAAAUAAACUUUGUGGAAUAAACGGAUGUAGUUUCAAACACCACGAACUAUUGCACAAUGAUCAAAAGGAUCAAUAUCAAAAUAGAAACGCCGAACCAACGAAUCCUCAAUUUGAACCGCAACCAUCCACCAGUCAAGUCGCUCAAAACUAUAGUCAUCAGAGUGUGGCGAGCUCGGUACUUUUCAAAAUUGUUAAAAUUGUCCUCUACGGUGUUGGCACUCGAGCAGAGAUUUACGCGCUGUUGGAUGAUGGGUCAUCUGUAACACUGCUAGAGCAGAAUUUGGCGGAUGAAUUGAAAGCGAAAGGGAUCGCUUCCCCACUAUGGUUGAAAUGGACCGGUGGGACCUGCCGGUAUGAAAAAGACUCCCGGUUGACUGAUUUACAGAUCGCCAAUCACGGAAACCCAGGGAAGAGGUACACUAUUAGAAAUGUACAAACUGUAAAUGAGCUCUUGCUGCCGGAGCAGUCGAUGGAUGUCACCGUUCUCAAAGAAAAUUAUCAUCACCUACGUCGAUUACCACUCCAAUCAUAUCGUAGUAUACGUCCGAGGAUGUUGAUUGGCGCCAAUAAUGCGUUUCUAAUAAACACAAUAAAAAGCAAAGAAGGAAAUUCGCACGAUCCCAUCGCCGUGAAAACAAGACUUGGGUGGACGAUUUAUGGUGGGAGAGUAACGAAGGUAACCGAAGACGUCGCACAUCAUUGCUGUCAUAUAUGUGAGACCCCGGUUGACGAUCUACACAACGCUAUGAAACAGUUCUUCGCAUGGGAGUGCUUGGGUAUAAGCAAGCCGGAGAGAAUUCUGAUAUCGUCGGAAGAAGAAUGGGCUAGGGAGUUGCUGGAAGGUUUAACCAAGUUACAUGAUAAUCGAUAUGAAACAGGCCUCCUUUGGAGAUACGAUAACCCACGCUUACCCGAUAGUAGACAACUUGCGAUUCGCCGGACACAAUGUCUUCAGAAACGUAUGCUGAAAGAUACGAUACUGGCUAAAAUUCUGGAUCGUAAAAUGAAAGAGUACAUAGAACGCGGCUAUGUUAGGAAACUCACAUCCACUGAACUACAGGAGCCACGUAAUCGGGUCUGGUACCUCCCAGUAUUCCCUGUCACCAACCCUAAUAAGCCGGAUAAAGUUCGCCUGGUUUGGGAUGCGGCGGCUAAAGUUCAUGACAUCUCUCUGAACGCACUCCUACUUAAGGGGCCAGAUUUGCUAACGUCUUUGGUUAGUAUAUUGUAUCAAUUCCGCGAAUUUCGCAUAGCACUGAGUGGUGACAUCCGCGAAAUGUUCCACCAGAUUGGAAUAAAUUCAAGCGAUCAACACUGCCAGAGAUUUUUCUGGCCGGAGAAUGGUGGUGAAUUGACAGUUUAUAUCAUGCAAGUCAUGACAUUUGGAGCAUGUUGUUCUCCAUCAAGCGCACAAUAUGUUAUGAACAAGAAUGCCGCACGAUUCGCUCAACAAUUUCCUGCUGCAGUGGAUGUAAUUACACGGAAACACUAUGUCGAUGACAUGUUAGUCAGUGUGGAAAGUGAAGUAGAGGCUAUCGAAUUAGCCAAGAACGUAAAAUAUAUACAUGCACAAGGAGGGUUCGAGACUCGCAACUUUAUCUCAAACUCCUCACGAGUGCUUGAAGCUCUUAGCGAAGGUAGCACUACCGAAAAAUGUCUCGACUUAUCCACUGAACUAUCCACUGAAAAAGUUCUCGGUAUGUGGUGGUGUACGAGAACCGACCGUUUCACGUAUAAAAUAAAUUACAAUCGUUUCGACAAGAGUAUACUCAAUGGAAGUCGGGUACCGUCAAAGCGUGAAUUGCUGCGGGUACUAAUGACGAUUUUUGAUCCUUUAGGAUUAAUCUCGCAUUUCCUGAUGUAUUUGAAGGUAAUUCUCCAAGACGUGUGGCGCAGUCAGAUCGGAUGGGAUGAUCCGAUCUCGGAUGAACAAUUCAGUAAUUGGACUACAUGGCUCUCCUGGUUGCCCCUCGUGGAGAAGAUUCAAAUCCCAAGGUGCUAUCGAAUAUGCACAUCACGAGUUGUAACGAAGUCGAGCUUCAUACUUUCGUGGACGCAAGCCAAAAUGGCAUUGCAGCAGUGA